CUCUGCCUCUUUGCUGGGCUCUGCCACCCUCUUCCGUCUUUCUCAGCUUCCCAGCCACUGUUCCUGCUGGAGACGUUCACUUUCCACCACCCUUUCUCCAAGCAUCUCCAAGCCACUGACUAUGUCUAUUUUGCUACAAGAGACCUAGAAGAGGAGAAAAGGCAGGAGACUUUUCAACACCUCCCGUGGUUUUUUGGGGGGAAGAAAAUCAACAACGAAUUUCCCGAAAUGUUUGUGAACAAUUAAAAGGCAAAGGCGUUUUGAUCUAUCAGCUAAGUAAACAAUCACUGAUCCGGUCCACAUCCUGAGAUAGUAUCGUCCCUCAGUGUGGACACCGGCGAGAUGACAGCUGCUUUUUCAUAUUUGAAUGUAAUAAAUAUUUUCUGCUUUUAAUAUAUUUCGGAGUCCCUCCCCUGUAUUCCCUGGAAUUUUAACUCUAAAAGAUUGGAGAAAAGAUUAUCGAAAAGGCUUUUACAAGCUCCAAAAUGAUGCUGAGUCCGGACCAAGCCGCCGACUCGGACCACCCUAGCUCGGCGCACUCGGAUCCGGAGUCGUUGGGCGGCGCAGACGCCAAGGUGCUGGGCAACGUGUCGAAGGCUCACGCCACCCGCGAGCGCAUCCGCGUGGAGGCCUUCAACCUGGCCUUCGCCGAGCUCCGCAAACUGCUGCCCACGCUGCCCCCCGACAAGAAGCUCUCCAAGAUCGAGAUCCUGCGCCUGGCCAUCUGCUACAUCUCCUAUCUCAACCACGUCCUGGACGUGUAGGGGCGGGCGCGCUGCCGGAGCUGCGGGUCUGGAUGUCGGGGGACCGAGACAGACCCGGGAGACUUGGACCGUGGAAGAAGUUACCAGCGUGUUGCGUUCUCUCGGAUCAGCAGGGGGACGAGGGAAGGUUUCCCACUCUGGAAGGUGGGCUUGUCUGGCAAGCUGUGGGGCUUGCAGGGGGUAUUUCCCAGGCCGGCGGACCUCCGGGGGGGCACUGGAGAUGGGCCGCCCCCAGGCCUCCCCUCCCAGCGUUAGGAUCCCUUUAAGGGUGUUUCCUUUGGCUCACUGGAGACUUGGAGUUCUCCUUAGUUUAUCUCCCACGAAUCUUCAAGUUUUGAAAAAAUGAGGGCAGAAGCUCCGAGUAUAGGCUCAUAACUUCAGUCGAUCUGGGUUUUUCUAAUUGACAAAUCACCAAACAUCCGGAGGGGGAGGGAGGGAAUGUCUUCCAGGGUAGAGAUUUUAGGCACCUGAAGGUGGAACAGGAAACUUUCUAUUCAGAUGCGAAAAGAAAGAUUAGACUCCAACUACAACAGACAAGCCCUAUUGCAUACUUGGUAAGCUCAAAAAGAUACAGUGAGAACAGACAGACCCAGUGUGGGACGAUCUGAGCUUGGUGGGAACUGAACCCUGAAGUAUGACUCUAAUGUAGACAGGAAAAUCCAUAUUUAAAUGGAAAACUUAAUAUCUGACUGCGUUUUCAGGCAAAGUGCCCCUUUAUAUAUCCAAAAACAUCUAUUCGUGACCUUAAAUGCGUGGACCCAUAGGUGCAGUUAGAAAAAGACUACCUAUUUUUAUUUAUGUUAGAAGGAGUAGAGUAUUUUUUCCAAGACAUUUAUUUUUCAGAGUGGUGAUAACUUUACUUUGGAUACUCUGUGCCAAUUAAUUUAUAGUCACGUGUUUACACUUUUUCCUGUGGAAUAAUACUUUUUACGUGUUUGUUGAGAUUAUACUGUGGUCUUUCUUUUGGCGCUAAUUAUAUUGCACUUGCAUAACAAAUUUCCCACUUCUCCCUGUUUCUAAACAUAUUUUAUAUAUUAAGAUGUUUGUGGUGAGAUCAGCAACACUAACACUUCACUAUUAUAGUUUUUUAAAAAAGCAAGUGUUGUUAUUCUUAUCUGUAGUUAUGUCUGAAAAGUACUUUACAAAUUGUUUAUAAGGCAAGUAGCUUCUUUGUGUGUGUGUGUGUGUGUGUGUGUGUGUGUGUAUGUGUGAUGUUUGUGCCUGGGAUGAUUUUAGGAAAUUAAGUUAUUUUCCUAAAAAAAAAAAAAAAGAUUUCAGAAACUACUUUCCUCUGUGACAACCAAAAAGAAAAGUCUAUAACCUGAAAAUGUUUCAUGUUCUCAGCUGUGAAACUCUUAAAACGAGUG